CUUUGGACUACAUAGAAAUAUCUAAUAAUUUAUUUUUAAUUCUGUAUGAGAAAUUGAGAGUCCUGUUAAAUUGUUAAUGCCAAACAAUCCAAUCCCAAUUCAGUCCAAAAAAACAACAGAAGUUAUCUAUCAGAGGUAUAGUGUGGCUUUAAUAUUUAAUAGAAUGGAUUUUUUGUUGUCGUUUGGCUUUGGUUUUGUAUUUUCGCAGUAUCUAGUCUUUUCCUAGUUCAACACCUCUGGAUUUAAUCUAAAUCCCUUAUUAUGGGGAAAUUAUAUCUUUCUUGGUAGAGGUUUUGAAUAAAAUAUUCUGUUAGGCAGAUACUAAAAUGUUCUGUUAGGCAGAUACUUUCAAAAAUGGUAGGUGUGCGUUAGUUUGAUCCAUUCUUUUCCUUCCUUUAUUUGAUGCAAUUAAAUUAGGUUCUACUAAAUGUCAAUUAAGAGAUACCUUAAAAUAGAGUUUGGGCUCUUCUUUUUCCUUGCAAGUAGUUUCAAAGUUAAAAUAAGGGGGAAAAAAGAUAAAUGAAAGUAAAUAGAAAUUGAAUAGUCUGAGUAAAUGCAAUGAUGUAAUUUUCAAAUGGUAGGUAUUGACAGGCAGUUAAUACUGUUUCAUGUCCUACUGACUAAGGUUUCCUUACUCAUACCUCAAUACAAGCACUAGUGAGUAGAUAAUUUGCCAACCAAAAAAAACUUAAGACCUUAUUCCUGUCCUCAAGUGGUUCACAUAUUGAAGAAGGGACAGGCUGCCAUGAAACAGGAAGCAAUAUUAUUUACAGAAUAAUCAUAGUUAUAUUCAUAUAUUUUUAUAGCACCAGAGAGGAGGAACAGCCUAAAUGCUUGGUUCUUAUUAUAUAGUGAGAAUUACACUUAGGGAGUGUAGUGGGAUUUUUAAAUUUUUUGAAGAAGAUAAGAAACAAGUAUCCUUUUGGUAUUCCUAUGCCCAAGGUUCCUGAGAAAGUGAAAUCUGUUACUCUAGUGCUGGCAAAGGCAUUGACAAUUUUUCCUUUGGUUGCAUGGGAGUUGGUCAAAAGUGAAAGGCCUAUUAAAAAGCUAAAUCUAGCAGUGAAGUAAAGUUACUGCUAGAAAUUUUUUUUAAAACUGUUAAAAUUUUAACUUUCCCAUGAAGCAAUGAAGAAUCUAAGAACUCGAACGAAUCUCUAUAUCAGCAUUAUUUUUAGUAAAACAAGCAAACGAAAGAAAAAUUGAAGUAAGCUACUAAAGAAAAAAUUUAAAACACUCAAAAAGCUGGUGCAACCAUUUUAAUCUAUUGGAAACCACGCGAUGGCGCUGCAGACUAAGGAGACCGGGAAAGAUGAACUGAAGCCGCUACCCAACUCGCUAACAGGAAAGGAAGAUCCCUGGGCAGAGAAGCUGUAGCGGCCCCGGAUUGGAAAGGGGUAGGAGACGUAGACCGAGCUACUACACGGUUUGGGUCUGAGGUUUAUGACUGUUUCUUUAUGCACAGCACUGGGUUCUGACACAUACUGAUGAAAAAGGCAACUAUGGAGGCCAGAGGAUUGCACUUUCUCAAACAAAGGCAAGUCCUAAUUCUUUUUUUAUUUUGGGGUGUGUCCUGGGCAUAUUCUGGGUUUGGACGUUAUGUGGUGACAGAGGAAACAGAAAGAGGAUCCUUUGUGGUCAGUCUGCCAAAGGAUCUGGGGCUGGGGGUGGGAGAGCUGGCUGCAAGGAGAACGAGGGUGGUUUUUGAUGAUAACAAACAAUACUUGCUCUUGGAUUUUCAUACUGGAGAUUUGCUCACAAAUGAGAAACUGGACAGGGAGAAGCUGUGUGGCCCCGUGGAGCCUUGUAUGCUGUAUUUCCAAAUUAUAAUGGAGAACCCCUUUCAGAUUUACCAAGCUGAGCUGAGAGUUAAGGAUAUAAAUGAUCACUCACCAGCGUUUCAGGACAAAGAGAUGGUCUUUAAAAUACUAGAAAAUACUGCCCAAGGGACAGUAUUUCGACUAGCAAGAGCACAAGAUUCAGACGGAGGGCUUAACGGUAUCCAAAACUAUACCAUCAACCUCAACUCUUUUUUCCAUAUUAAUAUUGAUUACAAUGAUGAAGGUAUUGUAUAUCCAGAGCUAGUGCUGGACAAAACUCUGGAUUGGGAGGAGCAGCAAGAGCUCAGUUUAACACUUACAGCAAUAGAUGGAGGGUCUCCACCCAGGACUGGGACUACUACCAUACGUAUCGUGGUCUUAGACAUCAACGAUAAUGCCCCACAGUUUUCCCAGGAGCUUUAUGAGACCCAGGUUCCAGAAAACAGCCCAGAAGGGUUCCUUAUUAUUAAAGUCUCUGCAGAAGAUGUUGACACAGGACUCAAUGCAGAAAUUUCCUAUUCAUUUUUUGAUGCUUCUGAAGAUAUUCGAACAACCUUUGAAAUAAAUCCUUUUUCUGGGGAAAUCAUUCUCAGAGGAUUAAUUGAUUAUGAGUCAGUAAAGUCUUACAAGAUAAAUGUGCAGGCAGUGGAUGGAGGGGGCCUGUCUGCAAGCUGUACAGUUUCGGUUCAGGUAUUAGAUACUAAUGACAACCCCCCUGAAUUGAUCAUAUCAUCACUCUCCAAUCACAUUGCGGAGAACUCUCCUGCAACUGAACUGGCAGUUUUUAGAAUUAGAGACAGGGACUCUGGAGAAAAUGGGAAGAUGGUUUGCUACAUUCAAAAAAAUUUGCCUUUCCUUCUAAAACCCUCUGUGGAAAAUUUUUACAUCCUCAUGACAGAAGGAGAAUUAGACAGAGAAAGCAAAGCUCAAUACAACCUCACUAUCAUGGUCACUGACAUGGGAACCCCCAGGCUCAAAACCGAAUACAACAUCACCGUGCUGGUCUCCGACGUCAACGACAACGCCCCGACCUUCACCCAAUCCUCCUACACCCUGUUCGUCCGCGAAAACAACAGCCCCGCCCUGCACAUAGGCACCAUCAGCGCCACAGACAGAGACUCAGGCACCAAUGCCCAGGUCACCUACUCGCUGCUGCCGCGGCUGGCGCUCCGGCGCCCGAGGGCCCCUUCCCGGCCCGCCUGCUGGACGUCAGCGGCGCCGGGACCCUGGCCCACAGCUACCAGUAUGAGGUGUGUCUCUCUGGAGACUCUCAGAAUAAUGAGUUCCAGUUCUUGAAGCCUAGCUUCCCCAAUAUUUCGGGCCAGGAUUCUGGCAGACAAUCAGAGAACCUUCACAGACUCCAACUGUUCCUCAUUCCUGAGGUUUGCAGAGAAGCCCAGCCUUGGCAUAUGCCUAGAAGUGGGGAACUGGAUAUUGCAGCAGAAAUGGUUUACCAACAUCUGGAUCAUAGCUGUGGAACACUUACUUCUCUACCUACUCCAAUGAUGUUGUCAGAUGACUUAAACCUUGAUUCUAGGGUUAUAAAACUGAGCUUGAAGGAAAUAGGGGACAUUGCUUGCAAAGUCCAUGAGGAGAGACUCUGCAUGGUGCAAGGAAGAUGGGAGAGUUCUCCUGGGAGCCAGGAAGAUGUGACAGACAACUGCUCUGCCACUGGCCUACAUCUCCAGUCCUGUUAAAAAUACUUUUGAAGUAUAAUUUUAAAAACCUGAAGACACCAAGAGAGGGACACGUGGUAAGAUGGUGGAGUGCUAAGCAACAGAGAAACAACUUCUUUAAGUGUUGCCAUCCAGACAUUGGAAUAUAGCAAUGCAGGAAAUAUAAGGAUGAAGAUCAGCACCUGCUACCCAGGAAGAAACUGAGGUACAAAUUGAAGCCCAUGGAGAGGAUGAAGAGAGAAACUUCAGUGAAAAAGGAGGCAAGCAAGGUGCUUUCACCCUGAGAUGGAAAAAGUGUGUGAGAGGAGCAGUACAAACUUGCCAAUACACAGGGAGUGCUGGUGACCCCAGAGGCCUCCACUGAGACACACAGCAGUGGAGGGGAGCAGAGGACAUGAAAGACAGCACUAGAAGUCAUGAAGACCUGCACUAGCUCCCAAUACGUGCAAAGGGCUCAGUCAUUUCACAAGAGAGAACAAUUGGUGGGGAGCCAUUUUGGAAAGAGACCAAUAGAGCUCAAAACUGAGAUGACUGCUGGCUCCAUCUAGCAGCUUCAAGCUGGGCUCAGGGCCAUGGAAGGUGCACUGAAGGCUACAAACUGCCUGUAGGCUCACAGGAGUUUUGGCAUAAAUCAACACAAAUUGUGGAUUCUAUCUCCAUACCUUGUUUGCCAG